CAUCUGACAAGGCUCCUAACUCUGCCCAGAGCAGCUCUUCUCUCCGGAGCCGAGUUACCUCUCCUGUUAGAACCACCAGGCUCCAGUAACUGGAUUAUACCUAGGGAAUCAGGCUGUAGGUCUCUUAUUUGGCUGGGGGAGAGGGAAAGAAGUAUCUCUUUUCUCCCUCACUGAAAAGGGAAAUUGAACUGAUCGUGUAAGAAUUUAUCUGAAACCAUUUUCACAAGAAGUGUUUGUGUUUGAUUUCAUUUGACUAGAGUAUACAAUACACUGCACCAGAUACAAAAAUGGCAACAAACUGGAUCAUAUUUUUGCUGCUCUUCUUAUCUGUUACUAUGUUUUUUGCCACUGCUAUACCAUCAGAAGGGCAUCAGAAUAUGACAGAGGACUUCGCUCAACUGAGUGUUACACGGAAUAAAAUUAUGACAGCACAGUAUGAAUGCUACCAGAAAAUUAUGCAAGAUCCUGUUCAUAGGAAAGAAGGCCCUUACUGUAACAGGACAUGGGAUGGCUGGUUGUGCUGGAGUGAUGUUGCUGCAGGAACAGUGUCAGUACAGCGUUGUCCUGACUACUUUCAGGAUUUCAACCCAUCAGAAAAAGUUACAAAGAUCUGUGACCCAAGUGGGAAUUGGUUUAGACACCCGGAAAGCAACAGGACGUGGACAAACUACACCCAGUGUAAUAUCUAUACGCAUGAAAAAGUGAAGACUGCUCUGAAUUUGUAUUAUCUGGCCAUCAUUGGACAUGGUCUUUCAAUUGCAUCACUUCUGAUUUCCCUUGGCAUAUUCUUUUAUUUUAAGAGCUUGAGUUGCCAAAGGAUUACCCUGCAUAAAAAUCUUUUUUUCUCUUUUGUUUGCAAUUCUGUUGUAACAAUAAUUUCACUGACUGCAGUUGCCAACAACCAGGAGUUAGUUGCAACCAAUCCAGUUAGUUGCAAAGUGUCGCAGUUUAUCUACCUGUAUCUAAUGGGAUGCAAUUACUUUUGGAUGCUGUGCGAAGGCAUUUACCUGCAUACUCUCAUUGUGGUGGCUGUUUUUGCUGAGAAACAACACUUGAUGUGGUAUUACCUUCUUGGCUGGGGUUUUCCACUGAUCCCUGCUUGCAUACAUGCUGUUGCAAGAAGUUUGUAUUACAAUGACAACUGUUGGAUCAGUUCUGAUACUCACCUGCUGUAUAUCAUCCAUGGUCCUAUUUGUGCUGCUCUAUUGGUGAAUCUUUUCUUCCUAUUAAAUAUUGUUCGUGUUCUCAUAACAAAGCUGAAGGAUACACACAAGGCAGAAUCCAACCUAUACAUGAAAGCAGUAAGAGCUACUCUUAUUCUAGUUCCGCUACUUGGCAUUGAAUUUGUGCUGUUCCCAUGGCGACCAGAAGGCCGGAUUGCUGAGGAAGUAUAUGACUACGUGAUGCACAUCCUUAUGCAUUACCAGGGUCUACUAGUGGCUACAAUUUUCUGCUUCUUUAAUGGAGAGGUCCAAGCUGUUUUGAGAAGACACUGGAAUCAGUACAAAAUCCAAUUUGAACACAGCUUCAGCCAUUCAGACGCUAUGCGCACAGCUUCCUACACUGUAUCAUCGAUCAGUGAUGUUCAGGGCUAUAGCUACAAUCACGACUGCACCAGCGAACAUUUAAAUGGGAAAGGCUACCAUGACAUGGACAGUGUUGUUUUAAAAACUGAAAAGCUCUAUGGUUGACUGCCAGAGACUCUGCGUAUGCCAGUGCUCACCCUCAUAGCUCGUGAAUUUGAAGUCUGAUUAAAUGACUUCAUGGCCAGAAGACUUUGCCUAACUCGGGAUACGUUUUCCUCCUGAAUGAUGCAAACUGAAACAACACAUUUUUCUUAUAUAUAUAUAUAUAUAUAUACACAUAUGCAUAUACAUGUAUGUUUUGUGUUUCUGUAUCUAUAUAGUAUGGACACCUGUGCAUAUAUAUAUAUAUGUGUGUGUGUGUGUGUGUGUGUAUAUAUGUAUGUAUGCACAUAUAUUAGAAUACAAACUUUGCCUCUUCAGUUUCUACUGUGUAGACAAAGUUGGCAAUUUCUUUGUACAAAGGGAAUCAAUGAAGGAUUUCUUAUUUUCUUGGAAGUUUGUAUAAAGACUGUGUUGUAUUGAAGCCACUUCAUUUGCCUACAGAAACUUAGUGUAAAUACCGUAUUUAUCACACUGCAUUGUCUUAGUUUGACCUAAAGCAGAACAGAAAAAGUGGUUGGUGCAAUAAUUGCAAUAGCUUGUCCAGGUUACUUUUGUAUGCGCCAGCUGACUGUCAUGAAAAAGACAGGUAAACAGACUCAGAAUUAUCAAUUCCGAGUCAGUCUGAUUUUGCCAGUCUUUUAAAUUAAGCAUAUAGAUGCCAGUGCAAGUCUGAGGCUCUACCUACUUCUGUUCUGCAACCGAAUAGAGCAAGCUUUGAGUUUUUUUAUUUGAACUGUUUUCACAUACACAGGACUGUCUCCAUCUCCUAUUCACGUUUAUGGAAGCUUCUUAUUGACUUUAAUGCAGACAAGAUCUACGAGCCCUUACUGCCAGAAAGAGAAGUGCUAAGCAGACUAACCGUAAGUCCAUCCAGACGGUAAUCCAUGACUAAGGCUGAUGGAACCUUAUUGUGUGCUUAAGCAAAUACCAAACUGGGAACAGAUCGCAUAAAGAAAGAUUUUGUUAUUGUUGUUUAUGGGUGGUUAGUUUUAAGUGUUGGUCUGGCCAUAUGCCUGAUAACUUGUUCCUUCGUUUUGGGCAAAAUUUUGAUUAAUUUGGUAGCUUUCAUUGUCUGAGAAAAGCUUACAAGACUGAAUGUAGUGCAAAUAAUGUGCUGCCUUUAAAGCCAGUGUAUUAGAUUCAGAUUAAUCAAUUAAUCACAUUAAUAUAAGUAAUUUUUCAUUAUUAAUUACUUGCAAAAAUCAUUAUAAAGGUUACUUACAAAAGUUCAGAAGAUUUGGGAUUGAUUCAGAAAUAAUCAAUCAUCUCAGUUACUUAGCUUAGGACAGUACUUUUUAAAUUGUUUCAUUGGUUCUACUGGCAAAUAAAGGUCCCUGAAAAUGAUGAGGUUGUCAAGAAGGUCUUGAGAAAAUAUUUCCUUAAAUAUAGUAAUUAAUUAUGAGGGUGUGUUGGGGGUGACAUUGUAAAUCUUUUACUUUAAAGAAAUAGUAGAAGUUGUUUUUUAAGUGAAAUGAGGUGAUCAUGAUAUGAAAGGAAUUUAAGUCUUACUAAAAAGCACAGAAGUAGAAAUUGGUUUAUUUCACAGAUAAGUCAAAUGAAAAAAGAUAAAGUAGAGGAAAGGAUGUCACAGUUGAUUUGAUAGACUAUUAUAAUGCUAAUGUAUAUUGAGUGCACUUAUGCCAAUAAAAAAAAAGAAAGUUCUUUUUGAGACCAUUUUGGUUUUCAAUAAUUAAUUCUGGAUAUGAAGAACUUGAUUUUAACACUUAAACAUUUUUUGUCAUAGCCUUUCCGUAAGCUUCAUUAGCAUCUAAUUAAUUUGCUGUUGCAGUGUUUGUUUAUUGGUUUGUGACUUCACAAGGCUGUAAAUGCUUUUUAUUUAGAUGUAAAACAUUAAGAGGAUGUACUAUAUUCAUGCCAAUUGCACCUUCACAUAGUUUUUUAUAGUUUGUGUGUCUCACAUUUGAAUUUAGAAAAUAGUUUUAUGUUUUAUUAAUGAUUUAGUUUCAUAAUAUAGAAUAUCAGCCAGGAUGCACAAAUCAAGAUUUCUGUUCUUCUGCAAGGCUGUCAGGUUGACUGACGCAAAUUAUAUGACAGUCAGAUGCUGCACUUGCAGUAGUGUUGAAAUCUGGCAAUCAAAUAUCACAAUCAUCUUUUAUAUUGUAAGAAUACAGCCAUGGUAUCUGUUAUAACAUAGUCAGACAUUAUUUACAAGUGUGCUUUCUCAUCUACAUAGUGUUACUUAAAAUUUGUGCAAUGUUCAGAAAAUAUUAGUGGUGCAGAAAAUCCCCGCUCUAGUAUAGCUUUACACUUUGGGGACCAGAUCAUCAACUGGUAUAAAUCAGCAGUGCUCUCUUGAUGUCAGUGAAACUCAGUAAUUUUAAAAUUCAUGACUACUGGGCUCCUCAAUCCGUGGCCUUUAUCCUGUGUUGUUUUCAGAUAUAUGACUUUAUUGAGCUCCAUUUUCAGAAUCAAUGGGAGAUAGGUACCAGCUGCAAAUCAAAGCCCAGGCAGAUAUCUGUCCAUUUAUAGAAGUGCUGUUAAGCCCUCUAUGGCAUAUGAUCAGACAGUUAUUUCAGUGGUACCUGGUAGGUUGUUAUAACUAACUAAUACAUAAGUGAUAGUGAAGAGUUUAACAAUAUUAAAUUCUGUGAAUUUAGUUUUCUUCUCAGCUAUGCAGUUCAAAUUUAAUAGACUACAACCAAAUUUGUAUCAUUUAAUGCAAAGUACUAGGUGUUGACAGCUCCCUGUCAAGAGACACUUUUAAGGGGAAAUUAGGAGGGUGGAAAGACAGGAUCUUUUUACAUAGAAAUCAUCCUGCUACUUACUUACAGGUGGAUGAUCAAUCAGAGCAUGCUUCUAGGAACACUUGUCUUCACUCAGAAAAAGAAACACAUGUACAGCUGGAUAUGCUGGAAAAUGUUUGUGGCUUGGAGGGUUAAAUGACAGAGGAGCACUGCAGUUCCCCACUCCCUCAUGAGUUUAACCUGUUUCCUGUUUUGUACUGGAAAAUAUAAAUUCCCUAUUUUCUCUUCCUACCUCAUCUUUUUCACUUCAUACACAGCCAAGAGCAGGGUCUGCUCCAUAAAAUCUUUUAUCACUAUAAAUUAGGAUCAAAUCCUUAUGUUCAUAUUUCUCAUGGCUUAUUUUCUACUUUACAGAAUGUUUUAGUCAUUAUCUCUGUUCUCUAGGAUGGAAGAAAGUAAGUUCUGUUUUGGUGGGGCUGAGAGAGAUUUUUGAACAUACAAACAUUUAUCCAUCUGUUGCUUGUGUUUUAGUGGUUGUUUGUUAUCUGAUGAGGAUUUUUUGUAUCAGUCUGAAGGGGGCUAGAGAAACAUUUGCCUUGUUUAGGAGUCUGUCUUAUAUUUAGUUUCUGUAAUACAAGAAUGUUAGUUUUCUAUGAAAGGGAAUGUCUCUUUUUGAUGCUACUGUCUUCAAUUAAUAAAAUGGCACAGAUGAUACAGAUGAUAGAUAUAGCAAGGAUGCAUGCUCCAUGCUCCAUUGCAGGGCCCUCUUUUUUUUUUUUUUUUUUUUUUUUUUUUUUUUUUAACGUUAACUUUUUUUGCUAUCUAUUUUUUAAUAUUGGUGGUCUAUUUGGCAGUAGAAGUACUGCAACAUGUACUCCUUUUCAUGUCAUGAAACAUUCAGGCUGGAAAAAAGGCAACUUUCAAGUAACGUACUAUGUAAAUAAGAUUAAUAGAUGCUCUAGCAUUGUAUUUAUUGCUUAGACUAAGAAUGAAAUGAAAAAAAAAUGUGAAAUAAUUUUUUGGUUUUGCUGUGUUUUCACUUUGUUCAUGUGAGUCAUCGUACAUUUUAAUUGCUAAAAAGUAUUAUGUUUGUGAUCAAUAAAAUAUUACAUUUAUUCAGCUCUUUUGUGUAGAAGUAUGGAAAUAA